AUCAAACGGAACUGAUGGCGACGCUUGCCCGCUUGCGACGCCGAGCCGCGGGCGUCGCGGGUUGCUAGGCGACCGGGCGGGCGGCCGCGCGAGUGGAGGCAUCCCAGCGCCCCAGGACCCCCAGGAUCCCGGCCAGGAUGAGCGUCGUCCCCCGGGUGCGGCACGUGUCCCUCGCGGUGCAGGCCGACCCCGGCCAGGGUGCCGGCAGUGCCGGCCAGGGCCGCGGCCGCACCGUCAAGGCCAUCGUGCUGCCCCGCCAGGAGCUCGACAGGAUCAAGGCGCACUCGCGAUGGCUCUCGGACCAGGCCCGCGACGGACAGCUCCGGCACGCCCAGAUGCAGCGCAUGAAGGACGCCUCCGAGGGCCUCGUCAAGAACUGGAGGAACACGGUCCUGAACAAACAAAAGGAGCGAUUGGAACGGCGUCAUAAGCGUAUAAAAGACGAAGAUGACCGUAAAAACGCCAUUCAUCAAGCAUCACUGCAAGAAGCAGCCGAGGAGAGGAGAAAAAGGAUAGAGGAAGCCAAGAGGAUGCUCUUAUUUGAGAAAGACGAUAUCCAUCAAGUAAACAGUUCAUUUGUAUUUUCUGAGAUUUUGCAUGAACGGUCUAAGCAAAUUGAAUUCAACGAGCACCUCAAAAAAAUUGAAGAGGAUGCUAAAAAGGCAAAGGCAGAACAAAUAAAAUGUGACGUUGAAGCCUAUCAUGAAGAAGAGUUAAAAAGAAAAGAGAGACAACAUGUGGAGAAAAUGGAAAGGAAAGCGGAAAAUAUAAAAAUGAUGAAAGAAAAAGCUGAGAGGGAGGCCCUUCUUUUGGCAGGAGAAAAAGCUUAUGAACAACAAGACAUAGCAGAAAUGGAAAAAGAAAUUAAGCAAGUUCAGGAAAACAUAGAGAGAGAGAUUAGCAGGAAAAAGGAAUUGGUUAAGAAAAAUGCUCUUGAAAGUAUUGAGAUGAGCAAAGAAAGAAAGAGAAUACAAAAACAGGAGGAGGAGGAUGAAGAAAAAGUAAUUCAAAUUUACUUAAAAAUAAAGCAGAGGAUGGAGUGCAUGCGCAAGAAACGUGAAGCAGAGGCAAAACAAGCUAAACUUGAGCACCAAGAGAGAAUUCGUGCCAUUAUUGCAGAGAGUCUCAAGGAAAAGGAAGACGACAUUGAGGGAAUGAUUGCCAAAGCACUAAAAGAGAAAGAUGAAAGAGAGGCAAAGAUCCUUCAAAAACGGAAGAAUUAUGAAGCAAAACUACUGAAAGAAAGGCAAGAGUACAAUGCACAAGUCAAGGAACAAAAGAUGAAGGAUGAGAAAGAGGAAAAAGAGUUGAAACAAUGGAUAUUAAUGCAAGGGUUGAGAAGAGAUGAAAUUGAUAAACUACAUGAAAUGAAGAGAAAAGAGUCAGAAUGGGCAACAAAGAUGGUUGUGCGAGAAGGCUACAACAAACAAAUAGAGGAGCACAGGGAAAUCAAGAACAAGCAAUGUGCAGACAAUCGACAAAGACAUGAAGCGCUGCUUGGUCAGAUUAAAAGAGAAGAUGAAGAUUUCUUUGACUAUGCUGAAGAGGUGUUAAAUGAAUGCAAAAUAGGGGGCCGUCCAUUGUAUCCUAUUAAAAAAACAAUACAUGAAUACCGUAAGAAGCAUGGAAUCAUCAACCGUGAAAAAUAUGAAAAAUGGGCAAAAGAGAUGGCAGAGCAAGAAAGGAGAUACCAAGAGGAAGACGAGGCAUACAACAGACAACUCUCCAUAACUGAUGAAACCCCUCAGUUGUGUAGACAGUUAUUCCCACCUCUCUUGAAAAAAUGCCCCCUCUAAAAUAAAAGUUUGUCUGUUUGUCACACAGUGAAAAAGGCUGAAAAUUUUCAUGACCUUAUUCUACUGGCCAUGAUUUAGCAGGAACAUUUAAUUGAAAACAUGUAUUCAAGGACUACCACUGCUUCCCUUUUGUUAUAUUUAAUGAUGAAGAACAAGAGUAUACAGCAAAUAAAACAACAGUACUGAAUUGUUCAGAUGUUUAUUUAGAAGGUUGAAACCAGGUUGAAUAGUGGAUAAUGAAUGUGAUGAAAUGAGGAAUCAGAGAAUAAAUUAUUGGGAACUAAAACCUCU